UCCCAGCGGCAGCGGCUGCGGAGGAAGAGGGAGAGCGGCCAGCUGCGGACCAAGGGGAAGGCGCGCUUCGGUUUCUGAGUAAGUUGGGCGGCGGAGGUUCGGGAGGUCCGUCGGGAAGCGGGAACGUGGUGAAAGAUGGUGGAUCGCUUGGCAAACAGUGAAGCAAAUACUAGGCGAAUAAGCGUAGUGGAAAACUGUUUUGGAGCUGCUGGUCAGCCUCUGACCAUUCCUGGCCGUGUCCUCAUUGGUGAAGGAGUAUUAACAAAGCUGUGUAGGAAGAAACCAAAAGCAAGGCAGUUUUUUUUAUUCAAUGAUAUCCUUGUAUAUGGUAACAUCGUUAUCCAGAAGAAGAAAUAUAAUAAGCAACAUAUCAUUCCUCUUGAAAACGUCACUAUUGAGUCUAUCCAAGAUGAGGGGGAUUUGCGGAAUGGCUGGCUGAUCAAAACUCCAACUAAAUCUUUUGCAGUAUAUGCUGCUACUGCCACAGAAAAAUCUGAAUGGAUGAACCACAUCAAUAAAUGUGUUUCUGAUUUGCUGUCCAAAAGUGGGAAGACGCCCAGUAAUGAGCAUGCAGCUGUCUGGGUACCCGACUCAGAAGCCACUGUUUGCAUGCGUUGCCAGAAAGCAAAAUUUACCCCUGUGAACCGUCGACACCACUGUCGGAAAUGUGGAUUUGUUGUAUGUGGACCCUGCUCUGAAAAGAGGUUUCUUAUACCCAGUCAGUCUUCCAAGCCUGUGCGAAUCUGUGACUUUUGUUAUGAAUUCCUUUCUAUGGGAGAGAUGUCAACAUGCCAGCCCACAAGAUCAGACUCUUUCAGCCAGUCACCAAAGCCUCCUUUAAAUGACAUAUCAGAUGAUGAUGAUGAUGAUGAUAGCAGUGACUAAAUAAUGGAAGAAAAUGUUUUUAUAUUACAGUUGGUGUUUGAACUUGAGUUGUUGUAUGAGAAACCUCUAGUUUCAAGUUCUCCUGAGAAAUCUACCCUAGCUAUUAAAUUUGCCUGAAAAACCUUUCAAUCAUAUGUGCCUCAGUAUUUAAACCUCUAAAAUAUGUCAUUACUCUUUCUGCAGGGAUUGACUAUUGCAAAUACUUUCCAGCCAUGUAUACUUGAUUUUCUUUCUACAAGUAAAUUGGUCAGCAGCUCCACUUUUCUGAAGAAAAAGAUUAGAAAAUGUAGCAGAAUUUUUUUUCUUUGCAGUUGUGCUAAUAAGUAGUCCAUAGUAUGAAUUCUUUUAAUAUUAGGAUGGGGGAAUUAAACCUGCAUGAAACCAGUAAUUUGGUUAGAGAUUGAAAAGGACAUCUAACCAAACUUUGAAACUGAUCGUUUACUUUUAUUCUAUAUAUUAUAAAUUCUGAAAUGUUAGUAACUUUUUAAAAACAAUGCAAAAUGUUAUACACCAAGCAGUGCCUUGUAAUGACUGCACUGUUGCAGGAAAAAAAAAUAACUUUGCACCGUCUGGUAUGCGAUCAUCUAAGAAACAGUUGGUGCUAUUAGGAUUAAUUGUUCUUGUAUAAUGGGAUUUAAAUAAUAAGGGUUGUGACUUCAUCCCUGAAACUGAGGGCUAUCCAGCAUCUCCUUGCACAAAGUGAUUUUCAUUAGGACGCAAGGUGAAGAUAGAUUCAGCACUAUUGCGCAAUGAUUAUUGUGAGUUGAUCACAAGUAUGGUGCUCCCACAAAAUGAAUAAAACAAAUGGGGGCUUUUAAAUAAUUAAUCUUUCAGAUGGAUUUGAUAUCUAAACCACUUUCAAACUUGUACGAUAUUGUUAAAUGUUUAUAAUUAUCAGGUAUGGUUAAUUGAAAAGUUUUGUCUCAGAUCAUGUUACUUGCUGUAAUGUUUUGAUUUGAUAUUUAAAUCCUUAGAUUAUUUACUAACCUUUUUAAACUGUAGGAUGUGGAUUUAAAAAUAAACUGUAUUCUAAAAGCACAAAUUGGGAGAAUGGGCUAGCUAUUCUUUUGAAAACGACAUUUGUACACAGCUGACCUCAAGAUGUAAAUGAAUUGCAGGUGAUUUUAUUUUAAAUGUCUAAAAUCAAGACCUGACAAAUAGUACAAAAGGUGUUUUCAGUAAAAAUUUUACUUUGUACAAUAUUCUUUCUAUAAUGGUGUCAAUUUUAGAGAAAUGUCAACUUAGCUACAAAGUUUUGUAAAAUCCCACAACAUACCUCUAUUUUUAUAUAAUAGUAUGUUUAAUUGUUUUACAUAGAAGUCUCUUGACAGAAUUGUGUGGGAAUUCAAUAGUACCUGAGAAUUUAUAAAUAACAUGCUGAAUAUUAUUCAUGCAAAAUUAUAUUGUGCUUAAUAAGUCACAGUUUCUGCACUGUUUUCUGCUGAUUUAACUAUAUUUAUUAAAUAAACCAUUAGAUUUGCAUCUGUGAACUUGUCUACCAUUCUAUAAUCUGGUUGGAUGAAGAGUAUAAUAUCCAAAUUGGGACAAAAAAAAAUCAUAUGAGGAAUCUAGCUAUAAAGUGAUAGAGUGGGCUCAGUUGACUUGCUUAGAAUCUGUGGAACAGCUGUAUUGAUGAUGAG